AUGCAGUUGUUUCAAAACGUAGCAGAAUGCAAGGUUCCAGAGACACCAUACGCGAAGAAUAUCGAGCGGGGUCUGAAAGCCACGUUGGCGCUUUGGAACGAAACGAAUGAAAUGAAGAUGCGGUUUGUCAGCAGUGAAAACGAUGAUAUCGACAUGGCGGUGGAUCGAAAGGAGGGAACCUUGAACGUUCACCAGAGAUGGCUGAAGUAUGAAGAAAUGCACCAGAAGCAUCGAUGCAGGGAGCUGGUUCUGAGCGAUUGUUUCGUUUGUGACCAUAUCAUUGAAGAAAUGACCAGAAUUAUUUUGGGUGCCAUAUACAGACUCACUGUGCGCGACCAGGAAGGGGUUUUACGUGGUGUAAGGAACCACCUUCGGUGGAUGCCACGCGAUAUUUGCGCUCGACAAGGCAACCAGCCCGGAUGCCUACAAGUGAGCUGGCGAGAUGGUGAGUUGGAGUCCAUUUCAAGACUAGUUGGAUCAGAGUUGGAACAUCAUGUCGUCCUGCACGAGGAGCGAUGUGCAAGUUUGAUGACAGAACUGCUACACGGGGAACCAGGUUCGUUGUUGCUGUUGGAUAACUUCAAACAAUAA